CAGGCAUUUCGGUAGCCAAUAAAAGUAUCCGAUGGCAAACGGACCAAUGACCCCUGAUAUUUGGACUUGAAAAAAGCACCCGCCCCCGCUGCAGCAGGUUUUGAUCAUAAUCGCACAGUGAAGGAGCUCGGAGUAAUGUAAGGAUUGAAGGUUUGGAGAAACAAACUUCAUGGAGGACAGCAACAUUCAAAGCAGUGAAAAAGAUCAAGAAAUACUGGAGGAUGAGCGCCCCUGGCCGCACCUGGAGGAGCUGUUCACGUACAGAGGGAGGAAAGGAGACAGCGUGCUAAUGCAGUGCAAACUUUGUUUGCCAUCUGCGAUGAUUUCGGCAUACAAGACUUCAGCCUCUAAUCUCAAAAAACACAUUAUGAGGAAACAUCCAUCAAAGAUUGAUCAGUACCAUGACAUCAUUGCGACAUCAGCUAGUCGUCAACGGAAGACCACAGCCACACCAAACAAGCUCUCAGCAAGUAAGCAAGCCAAGUUACCAGAUAUGAUGUUGGCACCUGUAAGCAAACGUGUCCCUCAAGCAACUAUUGACAAGCUUAUCAUCAAUUUCAUAUGUGAAGGUCUACAGCCAUUUGCAGUAGUUGAACAGCCAGCUUUCAAAGAAUUAAUUACCACAUUGCAACCUCAUGCCAAAGUCAUCUCCAGGUCCACCGUUCGUACCAGAAUCUGUGAUGCUGCCGAGGACAUGAAGACAACUAUAAUUGCAGAACUGGGUAAAGCCAAAUUUGUUGCAACCACCACUGAUUGUUGGUCAGCUCAUCAGAAAAGUUACCUUGGCGUCACUUGCCAUUGGAUAGAGGAAGAGUCCUUGGAAAGAAGAUCUGCAGCACUAGCGUGCAAAAGAUUGAGAGGGUCUCACACAUUUGACAUGAUUGCUAGUGCUCUUGAUGAUGUCCAUUGCCAAUACAAGAUUAGAGACAAAGUUGUAAGGACGACAACUGAUAGUGGAUCCAACUUUAUCAAAGCUUUCCAUGUGUUUGGGGCACAGAAUGAUGCAGAGGUAGAUGAGGAUGAAGCAGACUUGGAUGCUCUUGAUGUGAGUGACCAUAUUGAAUAUCAUGAUACAAGUGUAAUCCUUGAUGAAGACUCUGGUAUGGAAUAUCAACUACCCCCACAUCAGCGAUGUGCAUGUCACCUGUUAAAUCUUGUGGCAACAGCAGAUACAGCUCUUGCAGAGUGCAUGAAUGACACCUACAAAAGGCUUUUCCGUGCAACCUUUGCAAAAUGCCAGGGCAUUUGGAACAAAACUGGGCGAUCUCAUUUGGCUAGUGAAGUAGUAGAGGACAAGUGUGGGCUACAGAUCAUUCGUCCCAGUGCAACACGGUGGAAUUCAACCUAUCUUGCCAUUGAAAGAAUAAUACGCAUCAUUGACGAGAAGGGGGAAGAUGCCAUGAGAAGUGUAUGUGACGAAUUCAAGGUGAAAAUGUUGAGUCCUGCAGAAGUUGCAUUCCUCCGGGAGUAUUGCAUCACCAUGAAGCCGCUGGUAAAAGCUUCAAACAUUCUCCAGUCAGAGUCCAGCACCUACAUGGGAUGGUUGCUGCCAGUAAUCCACCAACUUCUAUCAAAACUGAACAGGCUGGAGACAUCAAGCAAGACCUGCAUGCCACUCAUCAAAGCCCUGCAAAAUGGCCUGCAGAAGCGUUUUGGACAGAUGAUGGCGGAUCCAGACUUGGCUGCUGCUGCAGUCCUUUUACCCAAGUUCAAGACCUCCUGGACUGACAGAGCAGAUGUUAUAGAGGCUGGUAAGUUCAAAUUUAUAUAUUUGCAUGUUGCUAUGACUGCAUACUGGUAUAAGUGUAUAUAUGUUAUAUCUCAGUCAUGAUAGUUCCUCAAAAUAUUAAAGUAUCAUUUGUUGUGGGUAUUUAAAAAUAGUCACAUAAAUUAAAGUAAUUGUGUUCCAAUUACAGCCUUGACAUACCUGAAACAACAUCUUGAAACCACGGAGCAUGAGAGUGAGCAUCAGCAGAGAGAGUCAUCUGAUGAUGAUGAUUUCUUCUCCAGACCACUCUCCAGAAUGAUGCAAAGUCCCAUUGAGCUUGAUGGUUACCUUGCAUGUGCCUCGGACAGCAUGGAGCUGCUUCACUCCUUCCCAGCAAUCAAGAAGCUGUCUCUUAAGCUAAAUACAGCUCUGCCUGCAUCAGCUGCAUGCGAACGGC